CCUUUAGUAAACAGCAAUUAAUGAGGAGAUGAAGGUACCUGCUACAUGUCUUGUCCUCUGAUUGCACAGAACCCCGCCACGCUAGCAAACCUGACCUACCUUGCCUAGUACAGUACUGGCCGCACGCACUCGCUCGAGUCCAGUGGCAUUAACUACAAGGGAGGUUCCUUCCUUUGCCUGGCCUUCUAGGCUGACUGCACCAUUCCAUUCCCCCCAUCCAUAACUCGGACAUGCAUCCCCACCAAUUCUUAGCCUCAAUAUCCACUCCUCUCCUCGACAUUCGCCUUUGUUAUUAGAAGCCGAGCAGACUCCGGCUCUUCUUCAUUCUGCACGGCCUACGGGUCUCCCUUUUUCUUAUUUUAAAUCUGCUUGAUGCCUGGCAACCGAUCACAACAGCCUCCGCUGGACCCUUCGCAGUACCAAAACGCAAACGGCUUAGUCCGGUCCAUCCUCGAUGACCGGCUGUCCACUGCCACUGUGAGCCCGUCCGGAGAGUUGUAUCGAGCAAUAGAGAGAUUCCACUGGAGGGCCAACCGUGACCACCAUAUUUCAGCCGCGCAGGCCGCCCCAGAGACAAGUAUGUCCUCGGGCUCCGAACGGGACCUGCGACGAAGAUUCAACCUAGACCCACAGCAGGGCGACGGGGCGGCACCGGGAACCUCAACUGUAGUUGGCAACCCGCCGUCACUUCCGCCCCUUCGCUCCCUCGGAACGAGUGGUCGCCUCGGCAUGGCGUCGUCGGGAGGCUCGGGAGGCUCGGGAGGCUCGGGAGGGCAUUUUGGCCGACUUCGAGCCUCCGACCGCUUUCUCGAGAGGCACCGGUCUAGGCUUCACAGCAGGUCAACAAAUCCCAGUUUCGAGGACAUGGACCGGAAUCUCGAGAAUGCAAACUCGCACCUGAGAGCCUUGCUGGAUUUCACCAACAAUCCGAUAAUAACGCCCCCACUUGCACAACCCUCGGACUCAUCUCCGGCCCAUGGCCAUGAUCAAGCUGAAGAGAGCCACCGUGUCAAGCGUCGGAAGUUGGAUUCGAAUAAGAUUACAUCUACCUUCAAGGGUUUUCACUAUGGCAGGUACGGCCAGCUCGAGCCAGGCAAGCUCACCAUGGAAAUUGUGUCCUGUGAUGGUGGCCUUUACGAGGGGAAGCUACUCGACGACCAAGAGUCUUGCGUGCCCGAGAACAUCUUGAAGGACGAUAACUCAGUGUACUGCACCAAGGGGAACCGAUGCAAUAUCGUCUUGCGACACCAAGGCGCCACUGUGUUCAGUCUCAAGGAGCUGAUAAUCAAGGCUCCUGGUGAAAGGUUCUCAUCCCCGAUCCGCCAAGGCAUGGUGUUCGUGUCAAUGAAUUCGGAUGACGUGCUACAGCGCACUACGAAUUACCGGAUCCUAUAUGAGGAACCUCGCCGAAGAAACAUUCCUCCUUCUCACCGGCCUGGCGCUCUAGUUGCUCUCCGUCACCCCGAUGACCCUGAUGGAAGUCGACCUUUUCUCACACGAUACCCGAACCAGCGGCUCCACAACCACGGGAUGGGAGACGGCGACGAAUAUCUGACAGCUGUGAUCCCUACAGAGUUCAAUGCCAUGCCAGCCCCUUUUAAUGUUACCACCGAGUGUAGCGGCGAUGAGAGUGAGAGAUCAGGUCGACGUUCUUUUCGGCGACCUCCCGAGAUUGGUACUCUGCCUUUUGAGAGCCAGCACGGCGACAACAGCCCCGACAUAUGGACUGCUGCAUCCAGCUUCCCAUUAGCAGGUCUUAGAUGGCAUCGAAUGCGCGAAUGGGAUCGUGCCGAGGCGGAAAGCAUGACGCUUGAGGAGGCCCAAGACGCGGCCCAGAUUGCGACCCAGGACGCGGUGCGGGCCGUCGGUGCUAACAUGCUGGCUCCUCUGGCGCAUUUUAACAUCAGACUGGACGAGAAUAGGUGCACCAUCAACUUUGAUCCGCCGGUGAGCGGACGUUUCAUCUUGCUAAAGAUGUGGAGCACACAUGAAGACCCGCGCCAGAAUAUUGACAUUCAGACCGUCAUUGCGAAUGGCUUUGCAGGGCCCCGGUCUUUCCCUUCUGUUGAAUUACGGUGAAUCGAUAUAGGUAGCCGGGUUGGCGUAUUUUGGGCGAUGACUUGGCGUAGUGUAAUCAUGACAUAACGGUUGACUGGUUUGGCGUUUUAUGGAUUAUGGAUUGUUUUCGUAUCAUGUCUAGCCCAAAUGUUUCAAGUUAUCAUUGGCCCUCGCAUUACGGACCCAGGAGAGUCUGUCAAAUCUGGCUGGAUGUAUGGGGCGGCGUUACUGGUAAAAGCAAUUCUUGGAACUGCAUAUAGUCUGGGUAUCGGUAUCUCGUACCUAGAUACUUAAUGAACAGCAAAAGCCCAUGAUUUGCAAGCACGCAAGCAUGUAACCUGCUCGAAAGCCCUUGAUUACAUGAGUCCGAGGCAGUGCCGCAAUUACUAGCGAUGAAUCAUAGUGAAAUGCGGCAGUAGACUCUGAUCGUGAGUGGCGGUGCUUCUAUGGUGGAAGGGCUGCCGCAACCUACUGAGUCAUCGGCAAGCCGCUGAGACCUCAGGCACACGGCUGAAGCGAAC